ACAGCUGUUUAUUUGACACGCGCAAACAACAAAUCGACAUCUGCAGUUUCAACGAAGGAAUUGCAAUUUGGAAAUUACAAUUUUUUAUUAUUCAAAAAAAGAUUUUAAAAUGAAAGGCCAACCAACAAAAGAAGUGACUCAAUUGAUUCACGAAAUCAAAAUCGGCAAUGUGGAAGGUUCUUACAACAUAACAGCAAAGACGCUACAAGUAUUUAAGAAAAUCAUAAAUGGACAAAGAUGGGCACAUGCAGACGAACUCAUGAAUGUAGUGCGCAAUCAAGGACACAUACUACAAUCUGCGAUUCCACAAGAGACUGUAACUGCCAACAUUGCACGCCGCAUACUUAAAUUGAUACGUGAAGAGUUUGAUUUACUUAAAGCACAGGUGCAUCAAUUCACGGAUGAUCAAGCCUCAAUGUCCUUACACAAACUUGUUACGCAAACGAGUAAUGAUGUUAGCGUCGAUUACACUGAACCACAAAAUGGACUGCGUGAAGCACUCAUGGAUCAUUUACAGGAAAUGGAAACUGAAUUGGAGACAAGUUCGGAAAAUAUUUGCGCACAAGCUGAAGAGCACAUACACUCGUCUGAGGUUAUACUGACACUGGGGCACUCGCGUAGUGUGGAAAACUUUUUAAAACGUGCUGUUAAGAAGCGCCAAUUUUUAACCAUUAUUAUAGCGGAAUGUGCGCCCGAUUGCAGAGGUCACAACCUGGCAGCAAGCUUGGCAACUGGAAAUGUCGAAAUAAUAGUCAUACCCGAUUCCGCCAUAUUCGCAAUGAUGUCACGCGUCAACAAAGUCAUAAUUGGUACACACAGUGUGCUCGCGAAUGGUGGUCUGCGUGCCGCUUGUGGUUCCUACACGGUCGCCUUGGCAGCAAAACAUUACUCAGUGCCUGUUAUAGUGCUCUCACCCAUGUACAAAUUAUCACCGGUACACUUGUGUUCAUACGAGCAGGACGCUUUCAAUUUGGUAGGCUGUGCGGAAGAUGUUAUCGAAUAUGAUUCCCUGGCGUCGCAUUCUGCUAAAGUUUAUAGCCCUAUAUUUGACUACGUACCACCAGAGCUAGUGACAUUGUUUAUUUCAAAUAUUGGCGGUCAUGCACCCUCAUAUGUCUAUCGACUACUGACUGAAUUAUACAAUCCUGAGGAUUAUGAGAUGUAAACGAAAAAAAUAGCGCUAUUUUUAUAAAUUAACCACUGGAAAUCCCUA